AUGGCAAAAAAAUCGAAGAACUCCAAAGAAAAUGAUAAAGAACAUCGUCCAUUUCGAUAUCAAUCGCUUCAUGAACGUUUGAAUAACAUAAAUAUCAACGUUGUUCAUCGCAUUCGUUAUCAUGAUACAGCAAAUCUUGCAGAUAAUGAAGAUCUCGCUCGUACGAGCCAUUUCCAGCAAUCACUUGAACAUUGGUCUAUGCUCAAUUUCAGUGAAAUUUACUCUCAAUUGCAUCAAAAACUUCGUCCAUUGGCAGGUUCACUUGAACAAGUCGUUUACAAUCGUGAACAAAUCCUUUCUUUACUCCGCCAAGCAUUGAUUGAACGCAAUCCAUUGAUUAUCGAAACAUUGUUAGAUUUAAUCGUUCAACUAGCACGUGACUUACAGAGUGACUUUUACAUUUACUACAAACAAUAUCUAUUCGUUGAUAUUGUGAAUUUGCUGAUCAAUAAUCAAAGUCAACAGAGCGAAAUGAAUACACAACUCUUAGAACAAGUUUUUCAAUGUUUAACAUAUCUAUUCAAACAUCUCUGGCGUAUUAUGUUGAAAGAUUUAGCAAAUCUAUAUGAACUGUAUUCCAAGUAUUUAUUUUCAUCGUCGAACUCUUUGACAACUAAUUAUGAAUACAUCCGUUCAUUUGCAGCUGAAUCAUUUGCAUAUCUUCUACGUAAAAUCGAGAAUUAUCAAUCAUUUAUCGAUUAUCUGUUCGAUCAAAACGACCGUGAUGAAAAUGAAUUAGAAAGUUUGUCAUUAGUAUUCAGCGAGACAUGUCAAAACGUUCAAUCAACGUUUCAUUCAUGCACAAAAACCUUAUUAACGUGUAUCUGGAAGAAAUUUCUCCAAAGGCCACAAAUUGUUCAAUCGUGUAUAAAGACAAUCUAUUCAUUAUUACUUCAACAUACAUCAAAACAACAUGUCGAUGUUCUCUGGACUUCUAUGAUGAAUGUUUAUCGAACAAUCGAUCAUCAGAAGGAACAAACCGUUUCGAUCCUUAUUUAUCAAAUAUUUUAUGAAAUCUUUCAAUUAUUUAUCGAUCAUCGAAUGCUGAUUGAUACAGAUUUGUCCUGGGAAUUUCUGACAAUGAUAAAAUCAAACGAGAACAAAGAACUGUUAAGAUUACAUUAUGAAACUGUUCGAAAGGUAAUGAAUAUAUUUCCGAUCACGAAAGAGUUAAUCGAUGUUUACUAUCGUUUUCAUACACAAACGUCAUCGAUGUUUUUGUAUGAGCAAACGCGGAAGAUUUUUCAAAGUGAUUUAACUGAUAAAUUACCCAAUGAAUUUUACCUACGACUGUGGAAUCAUCUAUUGAAAGGCAAGGAUCAUAGUCGAGAAGAAACGAUCAAUUGUCUGAUUGAUUAUUUGAUUUUCGGAAGAAAAAAAACAGAAAUGAUAAUUUUGCCGCAUGAUAAUGAUCAAACUGUUUUGGAAAAAGUAAAUCUAUUGAAGACAAAAAAGAAGUUUCUGGGCAAAGACAAAAUUGGUGAAGAUGGAUUGGAAUUCAUCCGAAAAUUUAUCUGCGAAACUUUGAUAAAGAUCAAUGAUGAACAGAUUUUGCUAACAGGUCAACUUUGGCGUGCUCUUAUUCUUCUUCAUUCUCUGUCCGACAAAGACACCAAUGGAAUCGAUUUCACUAAGACACACGUCGAACUGUUCUCUUCACAAUUGAUAAACCAUGCAUCUUUAUCAACAUCAGCGACAGUAGCAGUAACGUUAAUGGAAAUAAUAUUUCAGCACUCUCAGUCAUUUUCGAUCGAGUUUUGGUAUGAAAUACUUCAACGUCAAGUCCAAUCAGAACUCUAUUUGCUGUGUACACGUUUGGCAUUUCUAUUGAAUCCGCCGUCAAAAGCUAUGACAGACAAGUUUAUUGAAUUAUUGAAAACAAAUUUAUCAUCAUUCAAUGCAAAAAUUCGUUUACUAUCACUUCGAAUUCUCGAUUCAUUAAUUUCCGAUCCGACUCAUGUGAUAUUUCAUUGUCUUUCAUGUGAAGAAUGUCCAAUGAAUGUUUAUGAAUAUCGUUCGAAGAUUAUCCAUCUACAGAAACUCUCGGUCGAAUUUGUCUUAAUCAAUAACAAAUCCUCAUCGUUUCAUUUAGCAAUGUAUUAUCUACUCGGUUUACUUUCGGCAAAUUUUACACCGUUAUGGUCGAUUUGUACUGAAUUACUUGGCUCUUACGGUAACAAAGCAAUUGAAUACAUAGGCCAUGCAUACUUUUGGUCGAUAUUGAAUGACAAGUUUCAGUUAGUCAGUCAACGUGAUCAAAUUUCCGCGAAAGAAAUCAUCACUGAUGACUUAGUUAAAGAAUUUGUCGAAAAUGAAGAGAAACGAGAAUAUGAAGUCAAUGACCAAAGCAUCGAUUACAUUCAAUAUCGUAUAAAUUUAUUUCAAACAUUGACCCACUUUCCCAACGAAUGUGAACAAAAGACUAAAGUUCUUGUUCCGAUCAUUUUUGAUUUCUUUACCAACGAGUAUCAUGACCAUUUAUUGGCAUUGGGUCUCUUCGGUCAAUCGAAAUCUUCAUACAUCAUUCAAACAAGUGCAUCGAAACGAUUGUCACGAAAGUUUUCAUUGAAAACUUUAGAGACGAUCUUGAAUCUUCUCAAACAAUUUCAUCAUCACAAACAAUGGUUUGAACCUCAUCGGCUUUAUCAAUUCUACACUCGUCUACUUCUUUCAACCGAUAAUUCAAUUCAAAAAUUAGCUUACGAGUGUUUGCUAACAUGCCAUCAAAUACCCGAAUCAAUUAUCCAAUCCGAUUUUCUCAAACAUUCACAAGACAUUCAACCGUUGUUCACUCCGAGCACAUGCCGAAAAACAUUUCACGAAUUGAUCCAAGGCGUCCUACUGGAACAUAAUCUUUCCGAUAAUUUAAAAAAUCAAUAUGCAUUCAUACUGAUAAGGAUUAUUUACAGUAAAUUAAACACCAAACGAUCAUUAGGUUCAACAACGCGUGGCCGAAAAGAUUAUUUUGAAUUGAAUCGUAAAUAUUUAUUUCAAUUCCUUAUCACAUUCGCUUCGAAUAAUCUCUACGAACAUCAUUUUCGAUACUUUAUUCAAUUACUAUCGGAACCAUUUGCAGACGAAUUGUUUUCAUCGGAAGAAGAUCAAUGGUUGACCAUUUUCGACAAGAAGAUUGCUUUAAAAUCUGAACAAGUUCAUUUAACUUCCUACGAAACAUUCAUCAAAUAUAUUCAACAUUCUUUGUCUUUAUUGAAAACAUUCGUUUCUAAACUAGGUGUUUAUCUUCAAAAACAAAUGCAUUACAUUAUGAAAUUUUAUCUCUUAACGAUAAAAUUCGUUGAUUAUUUAACCAAUCUGAAACAUGUAGACGAUAAUCAAACAAAAAAACUUCGAAUUUCAUUAAAACGUCUUCGAUCGAUGGCCUACAAAGGUUUACAAACCCUCUUUCAGCUUUUCGACGGUGAUGAAAGUGAAAUCUUCACGAGCGAUCUUAUCGAUGCCGUAUGGCUGUGUUGUAUACGAGAAAAUUAUCUCGAUAAUCUGUUAAACAAAACCAAACAACGCGAAGAUAUUGUUCAUAUGUUAAAACUGGUCGUCAUUUGGAGUAGUACACCGUAUUUACGUCAAGCAAUCAUCGACGAUCGACAGGAUGCUAAAGAUUUAAUGAAAUGUUCGAUGAAGUUAUUGAAUGAGAAUAUCUCUCAUGAAAAUAAACAAUUGAUCAUUGAAUUUAUUUGGAAUAUUUUGCAAAUUGAUCCGAAUGAUGCAUUGAUCGUUCCUUAUUUCGAUCACUUACUGACAUAUUUAACUCGAAUAUCGAAUUCUAUGAUGGAAUCAAACAAUGCAAUAACAUUAUCUUCAAAAGAAUUCGAUAUUCUUCUUAUUCUUAGUAAUAAACAAUUAAAAACCGAGAAAAUUGAACAAUUGUGUUCGAUCUUCGUUCGAUUACUUCGUCAGAACAUUCUUUCCAAGAAGAAGAAAAAGAAACUAGAUACUAAAACAUCCGCACAAGAUCUAAAUAUUUCGAUAUUGAAGGUUUUACAAAAUCUAGUACCAAACGUUGAAAACUCAAUCGAAAAAUAUCUUCCUUCAUUAGCAAUUCUCUGUUGUAAAAUAAUUCGACGUGAUCAACGAAUUGAACUAAUUCAACUCUUUCAAAUCCUCGCCAAUCAUUCAUCAAAGUCCGAAAUCAACGCCAUCUGGUAUCUGAAACAACUAGUCGAACUGAACUCAUGGAAUAGCGAACAAAUUGAUGAACCCGACUACGAACGUCGGUUGAAUAGUUAUAAAGAGUUAACGCAAAACUUAUUGAAUCUACAAGAUGCUGAAAAAGAGCAACAUGAAUAUUCAUGUUUAUUUUACCAUUGCUUAUAUGAAUUACAUCAUUCCAUCAAUGAUCUUUCUCUUCGUGAAUAUGCAUCUCAAUGUAUUCAGUUAUUUCUUCAACGAGUUUCAUUGUAUCGAACGUGUUUUCUUACAGAAAUUCGUGCGAUUCUCAAGCAACCAGCUAUAUCCUCAAGUAUUCGUCAUGAAUUUCUUCGCCAUCUUGCCUUCAUCGUUGAUCUCAAUACUGAAAAUGAAGAUUUAAACGAUUUGAAACGUUUACGUAAUCAUACGGAUGUUGAAUUGGACUUCUUUCACAAUAUAACUCAUGUUCAAAACCAUCGACGAUUACGAGCACUAAAACGUUUGAAAUCUACCCAAGACGAAAAUUCGUUUCGCGUCACAACGAUCACCAGUUAUUUGCUACCAAUUGUGUGUUCGUUUAUCAACGAUAGUCUCGCCGAGGAUGGUCAUGAUAUAACAAAUGAUGAUGUCGUUUUUCAAUGUUUAGCAACAUUCUGUCAAAUGUUACCAUGGAUGAAAUAUAAUCAAUUGUUUGUCUCAUAUUUUCGACAAUUGACAAAUAAUAAACGAUCGCUAAGUUUAGUGCAGAAACGUUGUAUAACCAAAACAGUUUCGGCAAUCAUCGAUGCAUUUCAUUUUCAACUGGAUUCGAAUGAAAACAAAUCUGAAAGUGAACGUAUCAGUAAAACGAUUCAACAACGUUUAUUACCAAUGAUUCUUGGUCUCCUAAGUCAAAAUUCGUUCUCAAUUGAUGGUUUAACCACAACAGGCAUGGCAACGAAGAAUGCCACUGUUGAUGAUCAACGUCAACAAGCUGUUCUCAUAACAAUUACGUGUUCCUUAAUUGCAAUGAAACUAAUCGUCAUCUUUCCUUCGGAUUUCAUCGAACAACACAUUUCUACAAUUCUUCUUCAUUUAAUAACCUUACUUCGUUCACGUUUAUAUUCUAUUCGUGAUCAAGCACGGGAUUGUCUUUGUAAAUGUGUAACCAUACUCGGCAAACGUUAUUUGAAAUUUAUUCUCGAAGAGCUAAUUGCUGGUUUGCAACGUGGUUACCAACGUUUCGUUCUUCUACAUACAAUUCAUACGAUUCUCAUUCAUAUAUCCUCGUUAAGUGCUGAAUUCAAUAUCGAUUCAACGGUGAAGAUUAUUACGAACUUAUACAUUGACGACUUUUUCAAUGAAGAGAAAACCGAAUCAUCGAAAGCCAGUGAGCACGAAAAUUCGUCGUACAAACCAUCGAACAUUCCCGAAGCUAAAACAAAUAAAACGGUCAACGUGAUGGAAUUACUUGGACGUUUAAUUCAUUCCAAGGACGAACUUUUAACAUGUAUGGAACCUUUACGUCAACAGUUAGCAUCGAAUCAUGAUUCCAGAGAGAUAUCGAAGUGUGAGAAAUGUUUGCAACGUUUUCAAACUGGGUUGAUUAUCAAUACGCAUCUAACGACGGAGAGUCUGUUCGUAUUUGUUUAUCAUCUAUUGACGAAAACUGAAGAAAAUUCAAUGGAUGAACAAAAAAUAACGACGUCGAAUAAUCCAGCUUUGCGCGCAGCUAUUCAGGAAAGAGAAAAAUAUCAUUUGGUUCCAGCGGAACCCAAGCGCGGCCAUGCGCGAGUUGCUCAAGCAAUAAAACACUUGAAGAAAACAAAUUUGCAUUGUUUAACAGCGUGGACAUUGAAUUUGCUUCAUAAAUUAAUCAAAAAAUUCAAAACGGACGAUCAAACAUUCUUAUCAAUGAUUGAUCCUUUUGUGCUUCAUAUUGAAACAUGUUUAAAUUCGUCGUACACAGAUGUAGUCACCGCGACUCUACGAAAUCUCUCGUCUCUAUUAGAAUAUUCUCUGCCAUCAUUGAAUCAACAACGAAUAACAAGUUUAUAUAAAAAGGUAUUUGAUUUACUCAAAAUGUAUUCGUCUGUCGCUGGUUCAACGGACAUGAAUGAUUUAUUAACACUUUCAUAUAAAAUUCUCGGUAUAUUUGUUCAACGUUUGAUUAUCGAUAAAGUGUCAUUGACAUCAGAGGAGUACCAAUGUUUAUUUACUUAUGUUGAAUCGGAUCUAUUGAACAUUCAUCGUCAAUCAAGUGCAUUUCUUCUCCUUCGUUCCAUAAUGAUCCAUUCAGUGUCUGUCAUCUCCAAUGAUAAAAAUCUUCGAACGCUAUUAGAUAAUCUUCUUCGAUCUCGUUUGAUAUUCUUGAUCGUUCAAUCACCGUAUGAUCAUGUUCGAACAACCUGUCGCGAUCUCUUCCACAUCUACUUCUUCUCAUACGAGCAUACAAAGGCGAAGUUAAAAUCUUAUUUAGAUUUCUUCCUUCUACAACUGGAUUACGAAGAUUCCAAUGGUCGAUUGUCUGUCUUGAUGUUUCUUAAUACUUUAUUCAAUGAUUUGACUAAACAACGUCUCAAUGAUUAUGCCGCAUAUUUCUUUCUUCCAUUAGCUUGUCAUUAUUAUAAUGAAACAAAUAAUGAAUGUAAGAAGUAUUUUCAAAUGAAUCUAAAGUUGUUGUUAGAAAAAAUCGACGAAGAACAUCGAAACGAUAUUUUGAAAAAUAUCGUUUUUAGUUGGAUAAAUGACAAGAUUGAACAUCGGUGUUUGGCAUUACAACUAUUUCUUUUAUUUAUUGAAAUUGUACAAGAACGAUUUGACCAAUAUUUAAUUGAAGUAUUCGAAUUCAUUCAAAGAGAAUUUCAUGCAAUCAAAUUCGAUGGAAAUGAUGAUGAAGAGAAGUUUUUCGAUCAAUACAUCUAUCAUUUAAUCAAUGUUCUGAUUUCGGUGGUGAAAUUCUGUCCAAACUCGUUGCAAAUGAUCCAAUUGAGAUCAAAGUGGCUGGAUUUGAUGAAAUUAAUUGAUGAAAAAUGUUUAUUGCAUCCACACAUAUGGAUCCGACUGUUAUCAGCACAAUUUUUCAAUCAAAUCUUUGAAAUAAACAAACCCGAAGAUGUUGUACAACGUUUAGACAAGAUCAGUGCAAUACCAUCUGCAGCACCAGAAGAUGGUCCAAGUCGCAAACGUUUAAAGAAAUCUACACAAAUAAAUCUUGACCAUGAACCAUUGUUCGUUCAUUAUGUGACAAUAUUUGAUUCAAUGAGUUCACCAUUGAUUAAAAUUCAACGUUUAUGUUUGGCAUGUUGUUCUCAACUGAAACCAUCGAAUCUAACCGAAGAAUUUUGUUUACAAGUGAUCAAAAACUUGAUCUAUUUGUCAAAACUUCUCAUCCUAUCGAAUUCGGAACAUUUCGAUUUAGUACUUCGACGUUGCUGUCGUUUAACCACAUUCGAAUCAACAAAAUAUCCCAACGAAACAACUCGUCGUUCGUCAAUUUUCAAAUGGAUAGCGGCAAUUGUUCUUGAUUUAUCAGCACCGCUAACUCCACACCUCAAAUCAUUUCUCACUGUUCUCGAACGCGAAAUCGAACGUGAUGAAACAGCAGCGAAUCUAUCACUGAAAACUCUCGCACAGGAUGUUUUCGAUGUAUUCAAACGUCAUUAUGAUAUUCACCUAAUUACCAGCAUCUACGCUGAUGUGGCGAAAAAACGACGAGCGAAACGCCUGGAACGUAAACAGAAACUAGCUGUCUUAGCUGUAAAUCAACCGGAAGUUGUUUAUCGAAAGAAACGUGCUAAACAAACGAAACGAUUGGGUUUAGGAAAGAAGAAACGUAUGAAAGCAAUUGAACACGCCAGACAAAAUCGGAAGAAAAAAGUCAAGAAAACCAGUGAUGAUACGGAUGACUUUUAG